GCUGCUACAGCGUUUGCUUGUAUGUUCUAGUGGUCAACACACCGUACCGGUCUUGUGGCCCAUGCCCUUGUGCCCUGAUGAUGAAAUGGGGUGUGGUGGUAGUGAUAUCUCCAAGGAGACGCUGCCAGCCAUCCAGCUGGCCCAGCAGCACUUGAGGAGACAGCCGGCUCCUCUUGGGAACUACGAGUUGGAGCUUCAUCCUGUAAAUUCACAGUGUGACGUUGAUGAAGGAUUGAAAGCUUUCUUUGAUGCCAUACACCAUGGCCCAAAGUAUCUGAUCAUCUUUGGAGGAGUUUGUCCAUCUGUGGCUUCCAUUAUUGCAGAGUCUCUGAAGGGCUGGAAUCUUGUGCAGCUGUCUUUUGCAUUGCCAGCUGCUAUGUUUGAGGAUGAGAGAAGAUAUCCACAUUUCUUCAGUGUGGUCCCAUCAGAAAAUGCCCUUCACUCAGCUUUGAUCAAACUUCUCAAAUACUACAGUUGGAAUCGUGUUGGCAUACUGAGACAAGAUGGUCAGGAAUUCUCUGAAGUGCAGCAAAAUUUAACAAAGAUGCUGUUGUCAGCGAAGGUUCACAUUGCAAGCAUGGAAAGCUUCAUCAGUGAUCCAUCGCACAGUCUGCGAACAUUCAAGGAAAAUGACGUGAGGAUCAUAAUUGGGCUUUUUAAUGAAAGCUUAGCAGCUGAAGUCUUCUGUUGUGCCUAUCAUCUCAACAUGUUCAGCAGUGGCCAUCAGUGGGUGAUGCCUCGAUGGAAUCAGAAAAGCUGGAGGAUGAACAGAAACUCAGGGAACUGCUCAUACUCCAGUCUACAGAAAGCUAUGGAUGGAUCUAUCAGCGUGGAUUUUGAGACAGUUGGCUCCAAGCAGACCAGAGGCAUUUCUGGACAGACUCCACAAGAGUAUGAACAAGAGUACGAGCUCCUUCGCAAUCAGCAAGGAGUCGGCUCCGGCCAGUACCAUGGUUUUGCCUAUGAUGGCGUGUGGGUUUUGACCAAAGCUUUGGCACGCGUGAUGGAGACUGUGCGAGACAACGAGAAGUACAGCGAGCUUCGAAACUACACAGUUAGCGAUGAGGAAAUGUCUCAAAUGGUUGCUGAGGCAAUGAGUGAAACCUCAUUUUGGGGUGUCACGGGCCAUGUGAUGUUUAGAAAUGGCAAAAGAAUGGGAGUGUCCAUCAGGCUCACACAGCUUCAAGAUGGAAAUGAAAUCGAGGUUGGGGAGUAUAACUCAACGGAAGACAGACUAGUGCUUAAAAAGAACCUGCGCUUCAAAGGUUUGAGCCCACCCCGAGACAGAACGGUGGUGCUUCACCAGAGAGGCAGAGUCAACACUGGGGUCUACAGUGUCAUGUCACUUGUCACAAUCUUAGCCAUGUGUAUGGCAAGCUCUUUGCUGUUCUUUAACAUGAAACACCGGCAUCAUUGGGCCAUCUGGAUGUCCAGCCCAUUCAUAAACAACCUCAUCAUCGUCGGCGGAAUGCUCUCAUAUUCAUUCAUCAUUUUGUUCGGCUUAGAUGGGUUUAUGAUCUCAGACGGGUCCUUUGGUUUUCUCUGCACAGUCCGCACAUGGACACUAGCUCUUGGCCACACCAUGGGCUUUGGGGCCAUGUUUGCCAAGACAUGGAGGGUGCACGCCAUUUAUAAAAAUAUGCAGCUGAAGAAAAAGGUCAUAAAAGAUCUCCGCUUGAUUGUGAUGAUUGGCAGUCUGUUGCUGAUCGACCUCUUUGUCUUAAUCUGCUGGCAUAUCGUCGACCCACAAAGGAGAGCGGUCGAAGAAUAUCGCACAGAGGUUGAUUUAAAUGGUAACCGUGUUGUUCUCCAUACAUCUUUGGAGCAUUGCGAAAGCAUGUACAUGAACACCUGGCUGACCAUUGUGUAUGUUUAUAAAGGCAUUCUCAUGGUGUUCUGCUGUGUGCUGUCGUGGGAGACCCGCCACGUCAGUGUUCCAGCUCCGAACGACAGCAAGUACAUCGGCUGGAGCCUGUACAGUGUUGUGGUGUUGUGUUUGAUCUGCACCGCCGGCUCGGCGCUGACCAGGGAGCUGCCAAACAUCCAGUUCUGUCUCGUCUCUCUGUCCAUCUUCACAGCCACCACUGUCACUCUAACGCUGGUCUUCAUACCAAAGCUUAUUCUACUGAAAGGUCUCCCUGGGCCAACUGCUCGUCUACCUCAGCUGAAAAUCAGGCAGUUCAUCAAGAAACAGCAUCAAACAUCUAAGACCUCCAAAACAGGACGAGCCCAUACAGACGAUCUGGAGGACCUUCAGGAUUGCAACCAGCAACUAAGAAACCGCAUUAUUGAGCUUGAUGAGGAGCUGGAUGGGAUCUGCAUGCAGUUAGAGAACGCACCUCCUCUCAAUCUCCAGGAGUCCCAUCCAGAAUCUCUCGUGAUUACCCAUGCUGAAGUGUCUGGCAAAAACUGUUCAGUAUCAGAAGCUUCCCAGAAAGAAGACCACAAGACAGACGUGAACUCGCCAGAAUGUAUCCAGCGUCGUCUGUCUGUCCAGUUGCCUAUUCUCCACCAUGCCUACCUCCUCUCCAUCGGGGGAGUCAACGCUAGCCCCAGCAUGUCAUUGGAGUUGGACAGCUAGCCGUCAGUCUGCACAACCUCAUCAGGGUAUGCGAAAGCAUGUAACAUCAUAACAUCAGCUCAGCUGUCGCCAUGGCUGGAUUGGCCAUAAGGCAUACAGGUCACUUGCCCAGUUGACUGUUGAUGAUUUUGGCCUGGUCCUUCCCUCAAUGUAGUGGUAUCAGUCCUCAUGCUGCUACAGCUGACCUCUCGGAGUCAGAUUAUAUUCAUUUUGGCUGUUGUGGUCAAAAUAGCUCGCACUUGAUGACUGAAGAUGAUGUACUUCAUUGUCUCUCUCAAUGCCUGGUGGACCGGUCUUGGCUGAAAAUGCUUGGCCUGAUUUUUUUGCCGCAGUCUAGCCAUCGCUGUCCCGCCACACAAUCACCACCUGGGCGUGACUCUGGAGAAGGUGAGCGUGUUCGCCAUACAAGGUUAUACUUUUGAAAUGUUGUAAUUUAUUGUACAUCAGGGUAACACUUUAGGAAAGGGUUCACAUGUUAGCCUUCAAACAUGUCUAAUUACAGUCUGUCUACGUAAGUGACCUAUUAAAAAUGUAAAUACAUUAGUAAAAAGGCCACAUAUUAUGAGCCAGAUUGUAGUACAGUUAGCCAGAUUGUAGGAGAAUUAACAUGUUGAAAAUGUGUCAGAAAAACACUUCUAUUUUACUAUUUUCAUUAUUUUGUUUUCUUUCUUCUAUUUUUGUUUUCGUUAUCACUUUGGUGCUUCUUGAACUGUUGCUUGUUCUUUUGAUCAUGUUCAUUGUACAAAUGGAGACUCAGGCAGUUACCCCUGAAUGAGCAAUGCUUUUAUUAAUAAAAUGUGUAGUAUUUAAUUAUAUAUAUUUUUUUAUAAUACUCUACACAAUAUGUACAAAUAUUUCAAAUGAGUCCCCCAUUUUUGAUCCUUCUGUAUUUUUACAUAUUUCUGGUGACUUUAAACAGCAUUCCUUAUUUCAGUACCAAAAUAAUGAAUAUUGAAUAAAAUGUGUCCUGA